CCAUCAAAAAAGAAAAACACUGGCGUAAUACGGUGCGUUUCAUGUGCAAGUAAACCCGCUAUUGAAGCAUAAACCCUAAUCCGUCAGCACCUCUCUCUCUUUUCCUCUCUCUCGGUUUUGCUCAUCACUAAGUAGGAAAGCUUCAGCAAUGACUUCUGAUGCGGGUAACUUUUUCGAGCAGCAACAACCAUCUCAGAAGUUGCAAAUUUACUCUACCUCUAACACUGGAGUCACGCCUUACUGGAGAGAGAAGUAUGAAAGGGAUGCUAAAAAGUAUUGGGAUAUCUUCUACAAGCGACAUGAAGACAGAUUUUUCAAGGAUCGGCAUUACUUGGACAAAGAAUGGGGCCAAUAUUUCACUGGAGCCGGGAGAAAAGUCAUUCUUGAGGUUGGCUGUGGAGCUGGGAACACCAUCUUUCCUCUGGUUGCGACCUAUCCUGAUAUUUUUGUUCAUGCGUGUGAUUUCUCACCACGUGCUGUUAACUUGGUUAAGACACAUAAAGACUACAGGGACACCCAUUUCAGUGCAUUUGCAUGUGAUCUGACCAUUGAUGACUUGGACAAGGAGAUUUCUCCAUCUUCAGUUGAUAUUGUGACAAUGAUAUUUGUCUUAUCUGCAGUUUCCCCUGAGAGGAUGCCUCUGGUCUUGCAGAAUAUUAAGAAAGUUCUCAAGCCAAAUGGCUGUGUGCUAUUUCGUGACUAUGCUUUAGGCGACCUUGCUCAGGAAAGAUUUACUUGCAAGGAUCAAAAGAUUAGUGAAAACUUUUAUGUCAGGGGUGAUGGCACUCGUGCUUUUUACUUCUCAAACGACUUCUUGACAAACUUGUUCAGAGACAAUGGAUUUGAUGUUGAAGAACUUGGUUUGUGUUGCAAGCAAGUGGAGAACCGGUCACGUGAAUUAAUAAUGAAUAGGCGUUGGGUUCAAGCGGUAUUCCGAUAUUCAGACAUUUCAAAGUCUUCUUUUUGUGAAAAAUCUCCAGUCAAGGAGAACACCCUUGAUCAAGGAAAUACCGAGCCAAAGGUCAAGGAAACUACUUCUAAAGAAACUAUGGACAAUGUUGAGGUUGACAUGUCUGAGGGUUUAGCAGCUGAAAUGUUUGGAGUUUUGCCUUCCCAUGGGAAUGAGGCCAUCGACGUUAAAGUUAGAGACCAGAAUUUCAAGAUUAAUGUACUCUCCAAAGAAUAUCAGCACACAUGUAAAUCAACUGGGUUGAUGCUCUGGGAAUCAGCUCGCAUGAUGGCUUCUUUGCUAGCAGGAAAUCCAACUAUUCUUGAAGGGAAAAGGGUGUUAGAGUUGGGAUCUGGUUGUGGAGGCAUUUGCUCUAUGGUUGCUGUUACAUCAGCUGACGUUGUAGUCGCCACUGAUGGAGAUACCAAAGCACUUGAGCUAUUGACCCAGAACGUGUCUUCUAACCUUAGACUGCCAUCUCUUGCAAAACUAUUUGUGAAGAGACUAGAGUGGGGAAAUAGAGAACACAUACAAGCCAUCAAAGAACUCAUUUCCGGAGGUUUUGAAGUCAUAAUCGGCACGGACGUGACUUACAUUCCUGAAGCUAUUUUGCCCUUGUUUGCAACUGCAAAGGAACUAAUGUCAGCUAACUGCAAUGGAGAAGAUCAGGAACUUGCACUGAUUCUCUGUCACGUCGUGCGUCGGGUUGAUGAACCAACUAUUAUUUCAACUGCAUCUGAGUUUGGUUUUAGGCUGAUUGAUAAGUGGCCGACAGGAAUUUCAUCGGAUUCAUCUCAAAGCAUCAUCGGCUCUUGGUUCACAGGGAACGACAGUGAGGAUUACAUCCCAAAUACAGCAUUAAAUGUCAUGUAUUUUCAGAUGCAGUGAAAGUGUAUCGUGUUCCCAUUUUGCCAUUGCUUUUUUCUUUCCUUGACGAGUUAUAAAAUAUAAUGACUCAAUGAGUAGAAAAGUCGAUCCGUUAUAGCACAAAUUGCAUACUCCUUCUGCCCAUUUUAUUUGUUUUAAAGUGUAAGGUUUUUAUACAGUAAAAAGUACAAAGUACAAACAUUUUCUACCGUUGAAUUCAUGCUGGUUUUUCA